AAUAAGGAAAAAAUGUACUACUCUAUAUCCGUUUCUACGCAGUCUAGGGUUUUCUGUGUAAUCACUAAUCAGCAACAGCCCAAAUCGUGAAUAGAACAGUCUCACAGUUCUAGCAGCUUAUGUGCAAGGAUGGACAAUAAUCCUCAGUCUUAUGGUGCUCAGCCUUUCAGGCCUCCAGCUGUUGGAUCAAUGGCCCAGCAAAGUUUUGGUCCACCCUUUCCUAUGCAAUUUCGGAUGCCAACGCAGCAAGGGCAGCCGUUUAUGCCUACAUCUUCAGCUUCUCAACAGUUUCUGCCCCUUGGGCAAGGUAUAUCUUCUCCUAAUGUCGGGAUCCCUCCUAAUCAAAGUCAACCACUGCAAUAUUCUCAGCCAAUGCAGCAGUUACCUCCAAGGCCUCCCCUUCAAAUGCAGUACAUUCAAACGAGCAUGCCUAUUACGUCUAGCGCACCACCACCUCAGCCAGCCGCUCCCCCUCUGAAUAGUCAGAUCUCUGGUUUAGGUGGCCCUGGAGUACCUUUCUCAUCGUCAUAUACAUUUGCACCAUCUUCUUUUGGUCAGGCACAACAUAAUGUCUCUGCGCCGUCGCAGUUCCAACCAUCUCAAAUGCAUGCACAGUUUGUUCCUGUUGGGGGACAGCCUUGGAUGUCAACUGGCGGUCAGGGUGGACCAAUUGUUACACCUGUCCAGCAGAUUGGGCAACAAUCUUCGGACACUGCUGUCACAGUUCCUGCUGUAAAUGUUCCUAGUGGUGCUCAACAAUCCUCUUCUGAUUGGCAAGAGUAUAAAGCUGAGGGUGAGCGGAGAUAUUAUUACAACAAGAAAACAAGACAAUCUAGUUGGGAGAAGCCUUUGGAAUUAAUGACCCCGAUUGAGAGAGCUGAUGCAUCAACUGUGUGGAAGGAAUUCACAACUGCGGAUGGUAGAAAAAAGUACUACUACAAUAAGGUUACAAAGCAAUCUAAAUGGCAAAUUCCUGAGGAGUUAAAGAUGGCUCGUGAACAAGCUGAGAAAGAAGCUAACCAAGGGACACUAUCAGAAAUUAGUACGACAUCUAAUUCAACGGCAAAUAUCAAUGUCUCUUCUGCUGAACAAUCAUCUGCUGCAGUAACUUCGGUUUACUCCAUCUCUUCAAGCCCAGUUCCAGUUAUACCAGAUGUCGUAGUUAAUGGUGCUUCUACUGGAUCCUCUGCCCUUCCUGUUGCACCUUCUGCCGCAACAAGUGCGGUUGGUGUUUCCUCUCCUGGUGUAAAUGUCACUCCUUCACCUUCUGCUACUUCAGGAAGUACCGGUGCUGCUUUAAUUAGCACUGGCACUACACCAAUGACUAGCUUGGAAAAUACAUCAUCUGGUGACCCGUCAAAUCCUUUAAGUGGAGCUUCUAUGCAGGAUAUUGAGGAAGCAAAGAAGGGAAUGGCAGUUGCUGGAAAAAUCAACGUGACACCAUUAGAGGAGAAGCCUGUUGAGGACGAACUUUUGGUGUAUGCCACCAAGCAGGAAGCCAGAAAUGCUUUUAAAGCACUUUUGGAGUCGGCAAAUGUUGAGUCUAACUGGACUUGGGAGCAGACAAUGCGAGUGAUAAUCAAUGACAAAAGAUAUGGUGCUUUAAAAACACUUGGUGAGCGAAAGCAGGCAUUCAAUGAGUACUUGGGCCAAAGGAAGAAGCUCGAGGCAGAGGAAAGGCGCUUAAGGAUGAAAAAAGCACGCGAAGAGUUCGCAAAGAUGUUAGAAGAGUGUGAUGAGCUUACUUCAAACACUAGAUGGAGCAAAGCUAUAAGUAUGUUUGAAGAAGAUGAGCGGUUCAAGGCCUUGGAUCGACCUGCAGAACGUGAAGAUUUGUUCAAAAACUACUUGGUGGAUCUUCAGAAAAAGGAAAAGGAAAAGGCUCAGGAGGAGUAUAAGCGGAAUAGAAUAGAGUUCAGGCAGUAUUUAGAAACCUGCGGAUUUAUCAAGGUGAACACCCAGUGGAGAAAAGUUCAAGAUCGGUUAGAAGAUGAUGAAAGAUGCUCACGUAUUGAAAAAAUUGACCGCUUCGAAAUUUUCCAGGAAUAUAUUCGUGAUUUGGAGAAGGAAGAAGAAGAGCAGAAAAAGAUACAGAAGGAACAAUUAAAGCGAACCGAAAGGAAAAACCGUGAUGAGUUCCGUAAGAUGAUGGAUGAACAUGUUGCUGCUGGGGUACUCACAGCUAAAACUCACUGGCGGGAUUAUUGUAUGAAGGUCAAGGAUUCUGCACCAUAUCAGGCUGUUGCGCUGAAUACAUCUGGUUCUACACCAAAAGAUUUAUUUGAGGACAUUGCGGAAGAAUUAGAGAAGCAGUAUCAUGACGACAAAACUCGAAUAAAAGACGCUGUGAAGUUGGGGAAGGUCAGCAUCACAUCAGCGUCAACUUUGGAAGAUUUUAAGACUGCUGUUUUGGAGGAUGUAGGUUUGCCUCCAGUAUCAGAUAUUAAUGUGAAGCUUGUAUUUGAGGAUCUACUUGAGAGAGCCAGAGAAAAGGAGGAGAAAGAGGCUAAAAAGCGUCAACGUCUUGCCAAAGAGUUUAGUGAUCUUUUGUGCACCAUGAAGGAAAUUACUGAAUCUUCUAUUUGGGAGGAAAGCAAACAACUAUUUGAGGAAAGUACAGAGUACAGAUCGAUUGGUGAAGAGAGUUUUGCCCUGGAGAUCUUUGAGGAACAUGUUUUACACUUGCAGGAAAAGGCGAAAGAAAAGGAGCGCAAGCGAGAGGAGGAAAAGGUCAAAAAGGAGAAAGAGAGAGAGGAGAAAGAAAAGAGGAGGGAGAAAGAGAGAAAGGAUAAGGAGAGGGAGAGGGAGAAAGAGAAAGAACGUGAACGCGAACGCGAACGUGAAAAAGAGAAGGGCAAGGAACGGUCUAAGAAGGAUGAAGAAGAUAGUGAAACCGUUGAUGUGAGUGACAGUUAUGGCCCCAAAGAGGAGAAGAAGAGGGAGAAAGACAGAGAUAGAAAGCAUCGCAGGCGGCAUCACAGUUCAGCUGACGAUAUCAGUUCGGACAAGGAAGAAAAAGAGGAGUCCAGGAAAUCACGUCGACAUGAUAUCAGUUCGGACAAGGAAGAAAAAGAGGAGUCCAGGAAAUCACGUCGACAUGAUAUCAGUUCGGACAAGGAAGAAAAAGAGGAGUCCAGGAAAUCACGCCGACAUGGGAGUGACCGUAGAAAAUCGAGAAAGCAUGCAUAUUCACCUGAAUCAGAUAGUGAAAGCAAGCAUAAAAGACACAAGAGAGAUCACAGGGAUGGUUCACGUAGAAAUGGUGGGUAUGAGGAGCUCGAAGAUGGUGAGCUUGGGGAGGACGGUGAGAUUCAGUAGAUCACGUGAUACUUCUUUUUGUGAUGUCCUGCCCCUAAAGCAUUAAUGGAAACAAACUGUUUUGCACUUUGUCAACUAUAUUGGCAGGAUAUGUUAAUUUUCUGCCGAAAACUGUUUUACCUGACCAUACUUAGCAGACAAGAUUUGUAUCUGCCCUAGUUUCUGAUGUCAAUUGCAAAUGGGGGGUGUUUCUCUUCAAGUGCUGCGUUUAUAGGGUGUAAAAAGUAGUGUUUCUUAAAAAAAAAAUGUAUUGGAGAUGAAGCUCGGUGGUUUCUAUAUGGGUUUUAAGACUUCAAAGGUUAAGUGAAGUUUUUAGGAAGCAGCCUGAAGCUGUUUGGUCCUUGAUGUUUAAGAAUAUACUGUUAUAAUUUUCAGCAGAGGAAUAUUCUUUUUACCGACUUC